AUGAGUCAAGAAAAUACAACUGCUACAACAAGUGAAGGAAAAAAUAUCAGCUUUAGUGUACCUAAAGUUUCUAAUUCUGAAACAAAAGACAUAAAAUCCAACACAGAAUCAUCAGGGUUUGAUCGAUCACCUAAUAAUGAUUUAGAAUUAUCAACAUAUGAAACUCAUAGCAUCGAUGAAAAUGUUGAACCACAUUCUGUUUCUUGGUAUAAAGAUCCUACUAAAAGAAAAUGGUUCACUUAUGGUGUAAUUGUAACAUUGAUAGUCGUUAUCAUUAUUGUUAUUCCCGUAUCCGUCGCUAACGCAUUGAAAAAUAAUAAUAAUAGAUGA